AUGUUCGAAAUCCUCACGAGAAUGAGCUUCGGACCCGCGCCUAGGCACAACCUCGAGCCGUGCCCGCCUCGCCUGUCGCCGCCCUCGUCGCCACGUAUCGUGCCUGCACUGCCUUGCCAGCCGGAGGCGAACUUGCAUCACCCGAUGGCCAUGGACAUGGCCAUGCCUGACCCGGGAUCUGCCGGAAGCUCCCUCGUUGGCUCCCCCACUUCCCCCCUUCGCGCGGUGGAAGAUGCAACGAGUGACUUGCACAGGCUCGUCGUGAGCCAGGCGAGUACCGAUCUCGAGCGCACGACGGCCAGUGUGCCGCAAACCGAGGCCCAGCCGUUGCUGCCGGUACAGCCAGCUCAGCUGCCACUGAUGAGGUCCUGGAAUCCCCGUGUUGCGCCGCUGUUUGGUGACCAACGACGAGGUCACGGCUCGCCUCGGCGCUGCCCCAUCGCUGUCAGACCUGAGUCUCCCGUCGAUCCGGCCAUGUCUCUGUGGAAUGCCGGCCAGAACGGAAUUUCGCCGGCCCCUCUACCUGCUCCGAGCUGCAGCACAGCAUCUGAUUACGACAGCGACGAUGGCCGCCAAUCCUCGAGCAGCGUCUGCUCAUCCAACUCCGUGCUCGGCCGUUCAUUCCGCACGAGACGCUCCAACUUGACGGAACCCAUCCCCGAGGAGGAGCUGGCCGAGCGAGCGGUGAAGCCACUCCCCCAGCUCCCGCCCGCUCGGCGUUUGCCCUUGCAGCCGCAGUCGCAGCGAUUCGGUCGCCCUCAAGCGACGGCUGCCGAAUAUGUCCCCAGCGCAGCCAGUGAGGGCCUCCAGCAGCAUAUCACCAUGAGUCAUGAAGCCGACAAUGCUCUGCCGAUGCCCGCCACCUCCAGCAACUAUACCACGCGACCUGGAGCAUCGUAUCGCCCACCGGCCCCGUGCGCGGUCCACCCGCUCGAACCCGGACUUGAAGUUUCGGCACGCAUCAUCCCCCGAUCCGAAAUGGAUGCAGGGUUAAUUCCCGUCGAGACUCCGGCCACGAGCGUGAGCGACGGUACGCACACUCCGACCGGAGACUGUGCCAUCAGGCCCACCAGCUCUUUCUUCCACCACAAGGGGUUCUGCGAGGGCGCAAAGGAGGCCAUCAGGGGUGACAUUGGCGUCCGGAGGACGCAGAAACCGGUCAGGAGAGCCUUCCUUCGGACCGUCGCCCGGUGCACCAGCUGCCUCUACGAACUCGAUUUCAGCCAGAUGGAGAUGGACCUGACUUGUCGAGAGGAGGGCAACCACAGCAAAUCCGAUAUCGGAUACCGUCUUCGCUUCCUGCAAAAGAGUCACCUCGCCGCGAAGAGGGCCGACGACGUCCAUUACGGCUGCUUGUUUUGCAUACGUCAAGGUCGCACCCUCGACGAAAGCGACGCCACCGUCUUCUUCACCACAAAGGCCCUUUUCGCCCACCUGGCGCGUCACCCACGGCCGCUGCCCGAAGUGCCCGGCAUUACCGUCGUGGAUGGACCCGAGAUGCCGGAUCACGUGCGAAACGACUACGAUCUCCAUUUCACGCAAGCGCCCGCGGCUCACCCGGCGCAUGAGCACGCUGCGGAGAUUGCUGGCCAGCCGACCGGAGUGGCCAAGGCGCAGGCGAGGCGGGUGUACGGCCAGAAGCUGCCCUUUGACCGCACCGAGGCAUUGGAACUGGCCCGAGGAGCUCGUCUGACCGGCAUCGCGUGGCCGCCCAAGUAUGGUGGCGACUGGAUGGUCGCCUGGCACGACGGCACGUUCGCCUCGGUGCCGACCGACUUGAUCAAGCUGGACCCUCCGCCCGCCGACGACAUCAGCAUGGACGGAACGAGUCACGUCAGGGCCAGGGCGAGGUGGAAGUUUUCGCCCAAGGACAAGGAAAGGGGGGACUGGCUCAGGUUUGACAAGAACGAAACCAUUACCAAUAUCGGCUGGACAAAGGCCGAGCACUGGUGCUGGUCGGGCAUCAAUGCAAAGGGUCAAUGGGGAAUAUUCCCACGGGCAUUCAUCGACACGAGCACGGUGCACGAGCCAACGGCCGAGCAUUCCGACCGCGCGGCCAGCCUGUCGAGCGAAAAGAACAAGCCGUCGGGCAUGCUGUCGAUAUUUUCGGCGCGGCGUCCCUCCGGCCGGCCGGCAAGCCUGACGCACAAACGAGCGUUGGCUUUGCAGACGCCGGGGGCAAAGAGGUGGACGACGGAUUGGCGCGGACGCCAUGACUACGCCGACGCCGGGAUCGUCGGGGAGCUGAGCUCGCGGGACUGGCAACCAAAAGAUACCUACCUGUCCGCUUGCCGUCGCCACGGCCAUGCCUUCUUCAGCGAUGGGUCGCGAUGCGGUGAGACUUUCGUCGUGGCGGCGGAGGCCCUGGAUGGCAUGGUCGUCGACGGACGGCGAAGCAGACGGCCGCGCCCCUUCCCGGCCAUCCCUGCUCCUGCGGCAGGUGCUGCGCUGGUCGACCACGUCACCGAUCGCCGGUGGGACGACGUCUUGCGCAUCGCGUCGGAUAGGCUGUGCUGGCCUUCUCGUGGGCGGACGAACGGCGGCAUCAGCGGCAUCAGCAUCCUUGGCACGUGCCAAAGGCGGAGGGCACGGCCAGCCACGCACAGAGCCGUCGUCGUGUGGCCAAGGCAGACGACGAAGCGACAAAAGCAGGGAUCGGACGCGCCGGCUGCCGCGGGGCCGCAUGACGGCGUUGCCGCGCGUUUGGACUCUGCCCGGAUUCCAAGCUCGCAGGUGACGGACACGUGCUCGUACAAAGUUGGCGGGCGGCUCGGGCUGCUGUGCGAGCGUCGAGCGCGAGAGGCGGCGCGGGUGACGAGUGCGGUGAGGCACCGUCCGUCAGAGCCUUCCGUCGGGGGCGAAAGGGGAAGGGGGCUCAUCUGA